UUGUAUCCUUCCUCCCUCAGAUCUGCGGGAAACCUCUGGAUCUGAGCAACCUGUCCCUAGAAGGCAUUGCAGUGCUAAACAUACCGAGCAUGCAUGGAGGAUCCAACCUCUGGGGUGAUACCAAGCGACCCCACGGGGACACCUUUGGGAUCAACCAGGCUUUAGGCAAUACAGCUAAACUCAUCACAGACCCAGAUAUCCUGAAAACCUGUGUGCCAGACCUAAGUGACAAGCGGCUGGAGGUAGUAGGACUAGAGGGUGCGAUUGAGAUGGGCCAGAUCUAUACCAAGCUCAAGAGUGCAGGACAUCGGCUGGCCAAGUGCUCUGAGAUCACAUUCCAGACCAGAAAAACUCUACCCAUGCAAGUUGAUGGGGAGCCCUGGAUACAGACACCCUGUACAAUCAAGAUCACCCACAAGAACCAGAUGCCCAUGCUCAUGGGCCCACCCCCUCGCUCCUACAGUUUCUUUGGCUUUUGGGGAUGAGGACACCUCAGUCUUGAGCCCACCUUCCUGGAAAUCUCUUCUAGACUCUGUACAUUGCUGCCACACCCUCCUGCCAGCUCAUAGGGGUGUCCCUUCACCUUCACAAUAUUUAUUAUCCUUUACCACCUCAUUACUCCCAGGCACACAUACAUACACAGCUACCAACACAUAUGUUAAAAGUGCCUCAUCUAAUAAAAUGGGAUAUCUGUUAAAUGAA